UUUAGGAGGUUAAAUACAUAUAUUUAAAAUACAUGUUUAUUCAAUAUUUACGAAGACUACUCUAUACCAGAUCAGCAUGAAAAGAUAAGUGUCAGAAUUCAGGAAAAAGGACUGAGACAAAAGAUCAACUUCACAGUAAGGACACAAUGAGAAUAUGUAAGUCGUAUGUUUAUACAAAUUGUUUAAAGUUAACACAUAGAUUAUAGCCUGUGAGCUCUAAAUAUUUAAUAAAAUUAAGCACAAACUUGUCUCUAGUAUCCCCUGUUCCAGUUAUCUAUUGCUGCCUAACAAGCCACCCCAAAGUCUAGUGGUAACCGUUUAUUUUGAUCAUCCUCAUGGAUUCAGUGGGUCAGAAAGUGAGACAGGACCCUAUGGUGAUGGCUUUAUGUUUUUGGGUUACAAAGACCAUCCUCAGGUUCAGUGAUUUACAAGAAGAACUCAACAGUACUCAGCAAUGCAGUUAUAAUCACAGUUAUGGAUUAUUACAACAAAAGGAUACAGAUUAAAAUCAGCAAAAGAGGAAGAUGCACAAGGCCAGGUCCAGGAGACACCAGGCAGAAGCUUCCAGUUGUUCCCUCUCAGAUGGAGUCAUGUGGACAUUGUUUUAUUUUCCCAGCAAUGAUUUGUAACAACACAUAUUGGGUGUUGCUAAUUAGUGUCUAGGCUUUUUAUAUGAGGUUGAUUACAUAGGCAAUGGCUGACCGUAGUGUCCAGCCCUUUCAGAAGUCAAGUUGCUACAGUGUGGCCCAAGGCCUCCACCAUAAAUCACAUUGAUAGCAAUAGACUAUUUGGUGUGGCCCAAUGCUCCUGUGUAAACAAAGAUAUUUCAAGGGCUUAGAGGUUACUUCCCAUAAACUGGCAAGAGCCAGACCUUUCUUUGGCAUGUGCAGGAUAUGGACAAUACAGACUUUCUGUGCUAAUCCUUUACUGUACAGCUUGUCUUACACACCAUGGUGUCUGGAACUUCAGCUGGGAAGACUCAAAUAGUUGGAGACUGGAAUCAUCUGGAGGCUUCUUCAUUCCCAUGUCUGUUUUUCAGGAUCACUUGACUCAAAAGCUAGGCUUAGCUGAGGUUUUUGACCAGAGCACUUAUGCAUGGCCUCUCCAUGUAGCUUGGACUUCUCACAGUAUGAUGCUGUAUCCUGCGAGAAACAGACUGAAGCUACACUGCCUUUUCUGCCUUACCCUUGGAAGUUAGCAUUUUCAUUUUGUUACACUCUAUUGGUUAAGAGCAAGUCACUAAGACCAGCUAGAUUCAAGGGGAAGGGAAUAGGGUCCACCUCUUGAUGGGGAGUGGAAGAAGGUUUGCAGAAGGUUUUUUGGAAUGGGAGAUAAACUAUUGUGGUCUUCUUUGGGAAAUAUAAUUUACCACAUGGUCAUAAUGAAAAAAUUGUUGGUGAUUUUUUUGCCUUAAGGAGAAAUCUCUUCUAGGAAAGUGAAAUAGUUCAUGUCCCUUAAGUAGGAAGAAAUUUCUUUGAUGGGUUAUUAUUUUGAUAAUAUGGUGCUCAGUGCCUUCAGUGCAAGCCACUGAUAAAGUGGUAAGUUUCGUUUGGUUAUUUCUCAGCAGUCCUCAGAUAAGCCAGUGGUGUCCUGCCAAAGCCAAAAUCAGAGUGAUCAGAGUGCUUCAGGGUUUCAAAACAGAGUAGCCCAAAUCCAUGGCCUCCUGGUGGCCUGGGGUGAAACCUAGAUUAUCAAGAAGAAUGGAUGGAUUCUGUGACUAUCAAAUGGUGUUCCACUAACAGUCCUCAAAAUUCAGUUUUUUAUUUAAAUCAGUGGUUCCCAUCUGGGGAUAAUUUUGUCCCCCCAGGGCACAUUUGAGAAUAUCUGGAGACAUUUUUGAUUGUCAUGACUGCGGAGGGAUAUUAAUGGGAUCUAGUAGAUAGAGGCCAGGGACACUGCUAAACAUCCUACAAUGCACAAAGCCUCCAAAAAAAAAAAAAGUCUCCAUAACAGAGAAUUAUCCAACCCCUAAAUGUCAAUACUGCCAAGGUUAAGAAAUCCCAGUCUAUAUUAAUUAACAAACAGUUCCAAGUUACCUUUACUAGCAAAGUCUUAGAAUAUUCCCAUCAUGAUCUCUUCACACCCAAAAAUGUAGUGUAAACUCUCAGUUCAUAGUUAAUACUUAACCUCUUUCUUUUAAAAAUAUCCAAUAUUAGUGAAGCUUAAAAUAUUCUCAGUGUCAAAGUUUCAAAUAGUCUAGAAGUUUGUAGAGCUAAACCCUUAUGUCUUCCAUCAGUCCUUUUUCUCUACCACCAAGAUAAAUAAUCCAAAAACGUUUAUGUGUAUUAUUCUGACUUCCCAUGUCACUAGUUACAUAUGUAAAUGUGAAUUCAUAUGAAUUUGAGUUGAGGUCCCUGGCUCACCCUCAAGCUCAAUGAUUCUCUAGAAGAACUCACUGGACUCAAGAAAGCAGUUAUACUCACAGUUAUGGAUUAUUAAAGUGAAAAGAUGCAAAUUAAAAUCAGCAAAGGCAAAAGAUACACAGAGGCAGGAGCUUCCAGGUUUGGAAUUUUUAAAAAACGAUACAAAUGAACUUACUUACAAAACAGAAAGACUCACAGACAUAGAAAACAAAUUUAGUGUUACCAAAGGGGAAAAGGCGGGGGGCAGGGAUAAAUUAGGAGUUUGGGGUUAAAAUAUACACACUACUAUAUAGAAAAUAGAUAACCAACAAGGACCUACUGUAUACCACAGAGAACUAUAUUCAAUAUCUUGUAAUAACCUAUAAUGGAAAAGAAUCUAAAAAAGAAUAUAUAUAUGUAUAUAUGUACACACAUACAUAUAUAUAUUUUUUGUUUUGUUUUGUUUUGUUUUGUUUUUUGCUGUACACGGGCCUCUCACUGUUGUGGCCUCUCCCGUUGUGGAGCACAGGCUCUGGACGUGCAGGCUCAGCGGCCAUGGCUUACGGGCCCAGCUGCUCUGCGGCAUGUGGGAUCUUCCCGGACCGGGGCACGAACCCAUAUCCCCUGCAUCGGCAGGCGGACUCUCAACCACUGCGCCACCAGGGAAGCCCUACAUAUAUAUUUUUAACUGACUUACUUUGCUGUACACCUGAAACUGACACAACACUGUAAAUCAACUAUAUAUCAAAACACAAAAAACAAAGAACACUGAUAUAGUGUAGCCCAAGACCUCAGGAAUAUAAAAACAUUCAUCAGGCUGGAUAUUUCAGGGGUUCAAAGUUAUCUCCCAGGAGCAAAUCAAGGACAGGCCUUUCUUUGGAAUGUACAGGGUUUGGGCAACCCAGGUCUGCUUUACUACAGAGUACCUAAAUAUACACAUUGUCAUAAUUAAUGUUAGAGUUUAUAUACUUUCUUUUAACAUAUAUACACUUAACCACUUAUUUGGAAGUCUCUCCAUUAUCAGUGUAUAACUAACAAAUAAUAAUAAGUGAAAAUGUUUUGAGUACACCACCUGCUCUAAAUUCAGUCAUUUAAUUUCACAACUGAGGAGGAAACGUAUUUUCAGUGUUUUGAAUGCUCAUGGUUUCACUGUGCUAUCAUUCAUAUUACUUCUUUCUGGAAUGCCAUGCCACCUCUUCCCUCUGCAAUUCACCAUAAAACAUAGACUUGAUCUCAUAAGAAUUAGUUCCAGAUUCACCUCUGUGAAGUUUACCCUUUACAAUUUUUCUCCUCCCCAUUGAUGCCCACAGGGUAUAUAUUUAUAUAUACUUACUUGACAUGUAUAAAUCUAUUGUUCUCUUGUGCACUUACAUCUCUCUCUUUGCAAGCUAGUGUGUUCCUUCAGGGUAGAAGUGAGACUUAUUUACAAAGGAAUGCUUGAUAUAUUGUCUGACAUAUAGGUGCAUACACACAGGUUGUGUGGGUUCCUAGAUUAAAGGACUUAAGCAUGUUCUCUAUUCUACUCCUUUUUUUGUGAAUGGAUGAACAUGUGAGUCAGUGAAUGAUUGGAUGGAAGCACAAAGAUCGGAUAUUUUAAGUAAAAAAAAUUGGUUUUCCUACAAAGUAUAAUGCAAAACUAGUUACAUAGAAAGAAGUCAAAUAGCUUACCAUGGGAAAAGUAAUAAGAAUUUCCUAUUUAUCUUCCAGUAUGAACCAAUGAUGAUCCCUUUAGGAUGAAUAGGAAUGUUCUAUUACAGGGCUCACUAUCAUUCAAGGAUGUGGCUGUGGUUUUCACCUGGGAGGAGUGGCAGCUACUGGACCGUGUUCAGAAGAACCUGUAUCAAGAUGUGAUGUUGGAAAAUUAUAUCAACUUGGUAUCAGUGGGUAAGAAGAGCGUUCCCUGGGUAAUAUAGGCAACGGAUUGCCUUUUCUUUCUCAGGGAUGAAAGGGGUGGAGGCUUACAACUGCCUUUUUUAGAAUUGAGUUUCAUACAUCAUAGAUUUCAGUACCCUGUGGCCUCUAACAGUAUUUUUCUCUCACUUCCAAAGCAAAAGUCCUUUACUUGGCUGAGGUGCAAUUUGUUCAGCCCCUUAAAUGUAACCUUUUCUAGUUUACAGAGGGCUUGUAUUUGGGUCCAUGGGUCCUCUGUAAUUCCCCUUGAGUAGGGUAUCAAAUUACCAAAACAGAUGCAUUCUACCGGUUGGAACAAGAAACACCAUGGAUAAUAGAGGAAGAAAGCCAGAGUCAGAUUCACCCAGAAGACACAUGGCAAGUUGAUAAUCAUAGAGACUGGCACAAAGGAAGCCAUGGCAACCUGGAAACUAUGGAGAGUUACCACAAAGAUAAUGCAUUUGGAAAAAUAUCUUCUCUGAGCUUAAACCUUGAUAUCUCCUUAGCACAAAGAUCUCAUACACUUGACAUACUUGGGAAACAUCUGAAACCUAAUCUAGAGUGUAUUAGUCAGAAUAAAAGCUAUGCAAGAAAUGAAGUUGAAUUUAUUCAAUAUGACAAAUUAUUUCUUUACACUAAGCAUGAGAAAAUUCAUACUGGACAAAAAUACAAUGAAUAUAAUCAACAUAUGAAAGUUUUCAGCCAUAAGUCACAGCUUAUUAAAUACUGGAAAACUCAAACAGCAAAGAAACACUAUAACUGCAGUGACUGUGGGAAAGCCUUUUCUCAGAAGUCGGACCUCAUUAAGCAUCAAAGAACACACACAGGAGAGAAAUCCUUUGGAUGCAGUAGAUGUCAGAAAGCCUUCAGGCGGAAGUCCCAUCUCAUUUUACACCAGAGAACCCAUACAGGAGAGAAACCCUAUGAGUGCAACAAAUGCGGGAAAGCCUUUACUGAUAAGUCAUGCCUUAAUAAACAUCAGAGAACUCACACAAGAGAGAAAUGGUUUGAGUGUCAUGUAUGUCAGAAAGGCUUCAGCGAUAAGUCACAACUCACUUUACAUCAAAGAACUCACACAGAAGAGAAACCCUACAGAUGUGAAGAAUGUCAGAAAAGCUUCAGCAAUAAGUCACAGCUCACUAUUCAUCAGCGAUCUCACACAGGAGAGAAACCUUAUGGUUGCAGUGAGUGUGGGAAAACAUUUCCCCUUAAGUUUAGCCUCAUUUUACAUCAAAAAACACAUACAGGGGAAAAACCUUAUGGAUGCAGUGAAUGUGGGAAAGCCUUCAUCCAGAGAUCUGAGCUCAUUAGACAUCAGAGAACUCACACAGGAGAGAAACCAUAUAAUUGCAGUGACUGUGGAAAAGGCUUUAGUGUAAAGUCACUCCUCAAUACUCACUUGAGAACUCACACAGGAGAGAAGCCCUACGGAUGCAGUGAAUGUGGAAAAACAUUCUCCAUCAAAUUUAGUCUCAUCCUACACCAAAGAACUCAUACAGGUGAGAAACCCUAUGAAUGCAGUCAGUGUCAGAAAGCUUUCACCCAAAAGUCACAUCUCACUAUUCAUCAGAGGUCUCACACCGGAGAGAAACCUUAUGAGUGCAGUGAAUGCCACAAAGCUUUCAGCCGGAAGUCAUAUCUCCUUAUUCAUCAGAGAAUUCACUCAGGAGAGAAAUCUUAUGAAUGCCAUGAAUGUGGGAAAGCUUUCUGUCACAAGUUUAGCCUCAUCAUUCAUAAGAGAAUCCAUACAGGAGAGAAACCCUAUGGAUGCAGUGAAUGUGGGAAAACUUUCCCUAUCAAGUUUAGCCUCAUUUUACAUCAGAAAACACAUACAGGAGAAAAACUUCACGAAUGCAGCGAAUGUCAGAAAUCUUUUGCCCAGAGGUCACAUCUUAUUAUACAUCAAAGAACUCACACGGGUGAGAAACCUUAUGGAUGCAGUGAGUGUUGGAAAACUUUCUCCCACAAGUUCAGCCUCAUUUUACAUCAGAAAACUCAUAGAGAGAAAUUGUGAAGAAAUAUCCAAACGAUAUCCAGAAGUUGUCAUUGAAAGGAAAUAGCUCCUUACACUCCAGAGUUUACAUAGGAGUGAAACCUUAAGACUGCAGCAGAUGUGGACCUGUUUUCUUUUCAGAAUCACAACUUAUUACUUAUCAGAGAGCGGUACUGCAUAGAAUGCCAGACAGGAGGAAAUACCUUUCCCGAUGAAUGUCAAUUGAAUGUAGCCCAGAGAGAAUAAAUAGGAACUUCUGCAUAUGUUUUAAUCGUGGGGAUGUUGUUGCUAUGAAAUUCAGCUACAUUGGUAUCAGAGAAUUGACAUUCAGGGGGAAAGUCUAUGCUUUAAAGAAUCUUGGAAUCAUGCUUUCAUGGGUAUCAUUUUAUGAGGGAAUUAAUUUUCUGUAACUGUGACAUAAUAAACAGCACUAUAGAAAGUAUUAAAUAUGUAAAUAAAUACAGUAGUCAGAAAACAAAGUAAAAGUUAUAUCAGAACCAUGUGAGAAUAUGUGUUUUGUACCUAUUUUUAUUAUAAAAUGAUUGUUUGUAUUUGGGAAUUGCGUGUGUUAGCCUAACAGUUGUGACUUCCUAGUCCAUGUGCUUAAAUGUCAUAAAACUUUACCAUAGAAUAUCU